AUGGAAUACGAUGCCACUCAAUCAUCAUCUUCUGAUUCACUCGAAUUAGGACCUCAGCGUAGAGCACCUGGCAAGGAGAGGUUAACAUUAGCUGACUUUCUUCGUACUACUGCUCCUGCUGAUUUUAAUCCAGGAUUGAAGAAUUCAUCUCAAUCUGUCAAUCAACCACGUCCAUCUAGGAUUCCAUUAGAUUUUCAACUUUCUAAAUUGAAUGCUACACUGUUCGCUAAUAAUAAAACUACAAGUAGACCUUCUUUACCAAUCAAACCAUCAUCAUCAGCUUCAGUCUCCAAUCAUCAGGGUCACACUACUAACAUUCAACUUCAAGCACCAUCAAGUCAGUCUCAUCCCAUUCAAAAAUUAAGACAUGCUGGUACGGCUAGUCAUCCUGAUUUAGCUAGCUUAGUUAGAGUAGCCCGUAAACGAUCAAAGACAUUGAUCACUCAACCGGAUUCAUCACUUCAACCUCCAUCUGAGAAUCCUAAUCCGUCUACAAGUACAUUUCAUUAUUCGGCUCAUCUUCCUUCUAGUUCUAAUCUCUCUUCUACUACCAUUGCUCCCCGCGUAACUCCAUUACCUAAACCUAAACAAGCUCCUUCAUCACCCAUCAGAGCUAUCUUACCAAAUAACGCAUCCUGUCAUCAAUUCAACAGUUUGAACUCUCCAGACGAUUUCAAUCCUUACAGUCAAUCUCCAUCUGGUCCUGGUUGUCGGAAUAGCGCUCCUAUCACCACUUCUUCACAUCCUUCCGUCGUCUCUCUUCAACCAGUUCGACUCGCUCGAGCUUCAACAGGAUCAAGUAGGUGCUACAGUAUCUCCUAUUCCGACGAUCCUGGUACCGACCACACCAGUCAAAGUACUCUUAACAGUCAACUUGCAAGCCUUCCUACUGAGUCUCCUUAUUCUCCUCCAAGUUUAUCACCCUCACUUGAUCCACCUUUGGCAUUCACUUCGGGUACUGGUGGUACCGGUUUGGCUGGAUUGGUCGCAGCUCAUAAGGAGCGUCGUAAAGCCAAGGAUAGCUCUUCUUCUCGAUCUAUCAAUUCUGAUACCGACUCUAUCUUCCUGAAGUGCAAGUCAUCUAGCGGGCAGCAGUCGAUCUAUGAUUUCCUCAGAUCCACUCAUCCUCCUAAGCGUAGCACUGCUCGUAGUACAGCUUCAGACACCGCCGACGAAACAGACGAAGAGGGUGAAGAUACACGACACAUACGGAGAACACUCGAACCAGUACCUCCUGCAGCCUUCCAAUACUUUCAUCGACUUUUGCCAACUAGCUCAGCUAUAAACGUUGAUUAUUCUCAAGAACCCAGCAGAUCCGUUGUCAUGGAUCGCUCUGCAUCUCAUGCCGCCUUGAAUCUUAACGGUCAAUGGGCUUGGGGUGGACAAAAUGACAACCACACCGAACCUCUCGACCAACAUAGCUUGUUCCAUACUACCCUCAAUUCUCCUGUUACUCUCACACCUGUUGACAUGGCCAAGUCAGCAAAGCUCAACUUGCGCAAUAGAUCAAUUUCAAAACCAAAUCCACCUACCUCAUCUCAUCCUUCUCGUGAGGAAGACGCGCAAGCAAACGUAAGUUGUCCUAUCUAUCACACUCCCUCCUGCCUCACUUCUAUCUUCAUGAUUUGUCAACUCUCGCCUCGAGCCAUGAACGCGCGUCGUCAUCAAGUCGGAUCAGUCUUUCUGAUUGGUCAUCUUUACCACUCAAACAUCUGUUGGAGAAAUGAUGGAGAUUCAUACACCCCUGUGGUGCACUGUGUAUUCUCAUAA